ACAGCGUGUCGUGAGCUCAAAAGUGCUAUCACUCAGCACAACGGCAUAAUGCACGAUAUACGUCCACUGCUGAAAUUUUUCGCUCAUGUAAGCCCUACAGAUGAAAUUGUUCUAAUUCUUUUGUCCGGUGUUGCAUCACGUGGUGGUCAGUUUGUUAGCGAUCUUGGCUCUAAGAAGAUCAAAAGGAUUGGAGCAGUAAUUUGUAACGUCUCUGAAGGUGAAAUCACAGGGCAAGAUGGCACACCUGUUAUUCAAGUGGUGCCGAAACCGUGCGCUGAAAGAUAUGAGGGACAGCAACAACAAAAUCUACAUGGGAAGCAUGUUGUGAAACGAGUGCUGAUGAAACUGGACGGCGUUGUUUCAAACGAUUCAGGCAAGAACCAGAAGGAUGUACACGGCAAAACUGAGACUUUGACUGUUGCUGAACAGGUUGAUUUAUUGAUUCGACAGGCUAUGGACAUAAGCAACUUGUCUUUGAUGUACGAAGGAUGGACAGCUUGGGUAUAG